GAGCAGCCAGCGCCGGAGCGCCGGGAGCCUCAGCCGUCGGUGCGUGAGCGGACCCGCACUCGUCCCCCUCGACCCCACCGCCCGCCAUGGCCGCUGCUGGGGCCGCCCCCUGCAGCCUUCUUGUACUCCUCCAGGUGCUAGUGCUCGCUCUGGCACAGAUCAGAGGUCCGCCGGGAGAGAGGGGCCCCCCAGGCCCCCCGGGACCGCCGGGAGUGCCUGGAGUGCCUGGAUCCGACGGCAUCGACGGUGACAAGGGGCCCCCAGGAAAAGCUGGCCCUCCGGGACCCAAGGGCGAGCCUGGCAAAGCUGGGCCAGAUGGGCCAGACGGGAAGCCCGGGAUUGAUGGUUUAACUGGAGCCAAGGGGGAGCCUGGCCCCAUGGGGACCCCUGGAGUCAAGGGCCAGCCUGGGCUUCCUGGUCCUCCCGGCCUUCCGGGCCCUGGUUUUGCUGGACCUCCUGGACCACCUGGACCUGUUGGCCUCCCUGGUGAGAUUGGAAUCCCAGGCCCCAAGGGGGACCCUGGACCAGAUGGACCAUUGGGGCCCCCAGGACCCCCUGGGAAACCUGGUCGCCCAGGAACCAUCCAGGGUCUGGAAGGCAGUGCGGAUUUCCUGUGUCCAACUAGCUGUCCAGCUGGGAUGAAAGGUCCCCCAGGGCUGCAGGGAGUGAAGGGGCAUGCAGGCAAACGCGGGGUUCUGGGUGAUCCUGGCCGCCAGGGGAAGCCGGGUCCCAAAGGAGAUGUGGGUGCCUCUGGAGAGCAAGGCAUCCCUGGACCACCGGGUCCCCAGGGCAUCAGGGGCUACCCAGGCAUGGCAGGGCCGAAGGGAGAGACGGGCCCUCGUGGAUAUAAAGGCAUGGUGGGCACCAUCGGUGCCACUGGGCCACCGGGUGAGGAAGGUCCCAGGGGACCACCAGGCCGAGCUGGAGAGAAGGGUGAUGUGGGCAGCCCAGGUGUUCGUGGACCCCAGGGGAUCACAGGCCCGAAGGGAGCCACGGGCCGCCCAGGCAUCAACGGCAAGGACGGGACCCCAGGCACGGCUGGCAUGAAGGGCAGUGCAGGACAGGCGGGGUGGCCAGGAAGCCCAGGCCACCAGGGUCUAGCGGGUGUGCCAGGCCAGCCUGGGACAAAAGGAGGCCCUGGAGAUCAGGGUGAGCCGGGCCCACAGGGCCUUCCUGGAUUCUCUGGUCCCCCUGGGAAAAAGGGAGAGCCAGGGCCUCGAGGAGAAAUUGGUCCCCAGGGCAUCAUGGGACAGAAGGGUGACCAGGGUGAGAGGGGUCCAGUGGGACAGCCAGGCCCUCAGGGACGGCAGGGCCCUAAGGGGGAGCAGGGCCCCCCUGGAAUUCCAGGGCCCCAAGGCUUGCCGGGCAUCAAAGGAGACAAGGGCUCCCCAGGGAAGACCGGGCCCCGCGGCGGAGUGGGUGACCCGGGGGUGGCCGGCCUUCCCGGAGAGAAAGGCGAGAAGGGCGAGUCCGGCCAGCCAGGGCCCAAGGGACAGCAAGGAGUCCGUGGAGAACCCGGCUACCCUGGCCCCAGCGGGGAUGCGGGCGCCCCAGGGGUUCAGGGCUACCCCGGUCCCCCCGGCCCUCGAGGACUGGCCGGGAACCGAGGCGUGCCAGGACAGCCCGGGAGACAGGGCGUGGCGGGCCGGGAUGCCACUGACCAGCACAUCGUGGAUGUGGCGCUGAAGAUGCUGCAAGAGCAACUGGCAGAGGUCGCCGUGAGUGCCAAGCGGGAAGCCCUGGGUGCAGUGGGCAUGACCGGCCCCCCAGGACCUCCUGGGCCCCCUGGGUAUCCAGGCAAGCAGGGACCCCAUGGGCACCCUGGCCCUCGGGGCAUUCCUGGCAUCGUGGGAGCCGUGGGUCAGAUUGGCAACACGGGGCCCAAGGGAAAACGUGGAGAGAAGGGUGAUCGAGGAGAAGUGGGACGGGGGCACCCCGGGAUGCCUGGGCCCCCAGGGAUCCCAGGACUCCCUGGCCGGCCUGGUCAGGCCAUCAAUGGCAAGGAUGGCGAUCGAGGGUCCCCAGGGGCUCCAGGAGAAGCAGGUCGACCUGGCCUGCCAGGCCCCGUGGGGCUGCCGGGCUUCUGUGAACCUGCAGCCUGCCUUGGAGCUUCGGCCUAUGCCUCUGCCCGCCUUACAGAGCCCGGAUCCAUCAAGGGGCCUUGAGCGUUAGGCCCAGACAGAGCCUGGCAGGCAUCCUGGGGGGAAGGACCAGGUCCCCUCUGGGAAGACAUGCACCCAUCCCCAACCCAGGAAACUAACUCCCCCAGGACUUUCUGUCUGGGACCCAGGAGUUUUGAGGAAAAGGAAUUCUAAGACAUGGGGGAAGGGGGGGGAGAGCACACUGAUGGAUCGAAAAAGUGAGGCCAACACACAGGGCAAGUGGUGUCACUGGAGUGGAAGCUCCGAAGGAAUAGGGUGGCUUUCCUUCCUGGGAGCAUCAUUCGGCUGUUACCAAAACAAACGUUUAAUCUGCACCAUUCUCCACUGGCUAUCUUGUCCUUGGGUUAGUGAGACGUGGGCACCCCGGGAUGCCUGGGCCCCCAGGGAUCCCAGGUAAGAACCUGGGCCCUGCCCAGCUACAGUCCCGCCCCUCAGCUCGAGGAUUAAUGACUGAGGUCCCUGCCAAUUCCUCAUCCCAUCUCACUCUCUGGACAUACCAGGUGACUGCUGCUGGGUGACUUCCCUGAGGCGGCUACCCCUAAGCCAGCCCCACUACUUCCUUCCUGCCUCCCAACUGAGUAUUUAAACAUCAUCUCCCCUCCCUUUCUCCCAUAACUCCCCAGUCCCUUUCUCUCCAGGUCCACCCAGGCCUUUCUGUAAAUAAAAGCUCCCAAGUUGGGUACAAACCAG